GCCUGCUCAGUAGCAGACCUGUCACCACUGGAUAAAGACAAACCCACUGGACCACUAGCUACAAUGGGACUGUUACAGGAAAGGAAAGAUGCAACAAACGAAAGAAAGCACAUAAAAUCUCAGGUGGAGAAACGUCGAAGGGAGAGGAUGAACCACAGUCUGGAGUGUCUGAGGAACAUGUUGCUUCAGGAGUCACAACAACCGGGUGGGACUCAGCACAGAGUGGAGAAAGCUGAGAUACUCGAGCACACAGUCCUCUUCCUGCAGAACACUGCCAAAGGAGACAAGACGAGAGCUGGAGGAGGCCAGAAACACUCCUUCCAAGACGGCUUCUCCACCUGCCUGCAGACAGCUGGUCAGUUCCUGGGACCUGAGGGGAAAGGCCUGGGGCUUGGAGCAGCACUGGAGGCAUCUCUUGCCACUCGCUUUUCCCAUUCAGACUCUGAAUCUGCAGCUGUUCAAAAUAGAACUGAAGCUCAUUCCUCCUCCAGCUCUCUGCCACACACAAAGUCCAUUCUUCACGUGCUGAGGCAAAAGUCCAAACACAGACGGCACAAUCCAGCCUUCAGUGUUGCUCAUCCGUAUCAACUUCCGGUACAGCAGGGGGUCCCCCGAAUUCCCCAACAGGCUCAGAGACUUAAUCCGCUUGAGAUAAGACGAGUGAGCAAGCAGAGCCAGUCCCAGAGCAGUCCGGUCAGCCAGACUUUAUGGAGGCCCUGGCCCUGA